AUGGCGCCCGCAGCAGCAACCAGCCUGCACAGGCUCGUCUCUCCGCGGGUACCUUUAUCCGUUUCCGCUGCUGGUAGGAACAGCAACGGCAUGUCCAUGUCAGUCGGCGGCGCUCGCCGUGCGCCGGGGAUUUCUGUGCUUCAUUUUCGGUGGAGCCGGAUGGUCGCGGCGGUGGCGUCGACCGAGAUGCCUCCCGCGGCAAUGGGGGAGGAAAGUGAGAAGACCUUCGUCGAGGAGAUGAGGGCUGUCGCGAUGCGUCUGCACACCAAGGAUCAGGCCAGGGAAGGGGAGAAGGAGCCGGAUGAACUGUCAGUCAGUCUCACGCGGGAGCCUACCGUUGAGGGCUACGUGCAGUUCCUCGUUGACAGCAAGCUCGUCUUCCAGACGCUCGAGGCCAUCGUCGAUCGCGCCGUCGUACGCUGGUAUGCGGACUUUCGGAAUACUGGGUUAGAGAGAUCAGAGGCACUGAAGAAAGAUCUGAAAUGGUUCAGCGAACAGGGUCACACAAUUCCAGAACCAUCUGCUCCUGGCAUUACAUAUGCUUCAUAUCUGGAAGAGUUGUCAGAAAAGGACGCGCAAGCAUUUAUCUGUCACUUCCAUAAUGUGUACUUUGCUCAGUCUGCCGGAGGUCGAACGAUCGGCACAAAGAUUGCUGAGAAGAUUCUGAACAAGAAAGAGCUGGAAUUCUACAAGUGGGAAGGUACCCUGUCCGAGCUGCUGCAAGAUGUCCGCACCAAACUUAACCAAGUUGCUUCUAGCUGGUCCCGGGAAGAGAAGAACCACUGCCUAGCUGAAACCGAGAAGUCGUUCAUAUAUUCAAUGGAUCGCCUGCGCCAAGUAUUCACCUGA